AUUUGCAACAGUUUAACAUUAAAAUAAUAUUGUUAUUAUUACAAUCGAUAUUAUACGCCGCCGUCGCUGAUCUACAAUAGUGUACUACAAUAAUAUAUCAUAACAACGCACAUUCGWACAACGGCGCUUUUUCUAUCGUCCUAUUAUUAUAAUAAUAUUUUAUCUACGGAAUACGAUUUGCCGGACAACAACGUUCUAUACGUCGGCUCACUCCGCGACGACUCGACAAAAACGUGCGAUGAACUCAGCUGUGGUAUUGGUGAUAGUCAUGUUGCUGGCCAGCCACGUUAGCAGCUCACCAAUCAUAAACUUUUCGUGGGACACGCCGAGGCAUUUCUGCGGAUCCCAACUCGCCAACGUGUUGGCGUUGAUCUGCAGCAACGGAUACAACUUCCAUCCGGCAAGUGAUGAUGUUACCGUCCCAAGUCGCCGUCGAAAAAGAGUGAUAGUCGAAGAGUGCUGCGAGAACACUUGCACGCCACAUCACCUAAAGUCUUACUGCUGGGAAAAUCGAAGGUCUGAUACUCGGAGUGUUUUGGAACCGCCUGCUUCUGUAGAGAAACCCUUGGUAGACAAAAACGUGAAACCCCAGAAACACCCCACGAGUAACACACUGUUAGUUGACAACAGUCUGCUGCAGGCUGAGCACGCGACUGUCAAAACCAAGUCCAAUAGUAUUAUAAUACCCAAUUCUAAAGAGCUCGGUAGGCAAAACGGCAUUAAGACGAUUAAAUACAACACGGUCGCGUACGCCCCAAAGAAAGAAGCGGUGAUCGUCCAGGACCCGGUGCCAGGACGAGUGAAAACUGUAACACCAUAUUUUGACAAAAUGCCAUCGGUCAUCGUUACUAAAACCACGCAACACUGAAACUCGGGAAUAACAUCGCGCUUGCACGUCUUCUAUUUUGAAUUACAUCGUCAAAACUCAUCGAAAUCUCUAACACUGUUUAGUUCUUUGAUCAUAUAUAUAUAUUAUAUAUAUACUUUCAUUAUGCGUACACAAUAUGUCAUGUGUAAUGUUUCAUGUACAGUUUUAUUUUUUUCUUUGUAACAAUGCACCGCGCAAAACCGAAGAAUUAAAAACAAAAUAUUGACUAAAGU